UCAGACUUUUUUUCAUUGUGUGUCAUAAAAGAGAAUUAGGAAAUUUUGUCCGUUCUUGCAAAAAGGAGUACAAUGUCGAUUUUGGAGAAUAUCAGAGAAUGGUUUACAUCAGAAACUGCUCGAAAUAAGAAUUCGUCAUUGAUUGCUGGAUUAUUGUUCUUUGCAGGAUGGUGGACAUUAAUAGAUGCAAUGUCUGUGGAUCCAAAACAUCAAAUAACGACUGGCCAUGUCUUUAUAGGGGUAUUUGGCACCAUCAGCUUCUUUAUGGUUAACACAGUCAAAAACUCGCACAUCUCCGAAGAUAAUACAUCCGAGUCUGGAGCUAGACUUGCCAAAAUAUGGCUUCUCAUCGGAUUUGUUAUGGGCUUUGCUUCCAUUAUUGCCGCCAUUUGGGUUAUGAUAGAUGACUUCAUAAAUAAUCCUAAAAAGGAGUCGGGUUUAGGGGUAGCUUUACUCAUGCAAAAUGUGUUGAUACUUUUUGCUAAUCUUACCUAUAAAUUUGGUCGUGACGAGGAGUUAUGGAAUGAGUAGAGAGGAGGUCAAGUAUAUUUAAUAAAUUUAAGGGCAUCUUAACAUAAUAUUAUCGACAUUUAUAUAAAUAACCGUAUUGGAUCUUAUCGAUCAAAAAACUAGAAAUAAAAAAUCUCACUACUGAUAAAUA